AUGGCGCCGUCUCUCUUUCGCAAACGCCACGAGGCCGAGGAUAUUAUUCCAAUCCCCGGCCCUCUCGAGACCGUCUCCGCUUCCGGUCGUGAUUACCUCGAGAAUCUACAGCAGUUCGAGAAGUCUCACAAGUUCGAUCCCAAUCUGCCCAUCGACGACCUCACAGAUGUCGACGCCGCCAUCGCGACUGGAAAUGCCGAGAAGGGGAUUGAGAUUGAGCACGCGCUCAUGGAGGACAACAGUCCCUAUCCCGAAGUUAGAUCUGUUGUCCGAAACUACGAUGUUGAUGUCCCUGCCAACACCAUCCGUGCCUGGACUAUCGGGUUAAUUCUUUGCACCAUCGGUUCUGGUGUGAAUAUGCUCUUCUCGUUGCGAAACCCCAGUGUCACAGUCACUACCUACGUAGUCCAGCUUGUCGCCUAUCCGUUUGGUCUUGGCUGGGACUUGAUCAUGCCUGACCGAGAAUGGACCUUGUUCGGUCUCAAAUUCAACCUCAAGCCCGGUAAAUUUAACUACAAGGAGCAUGUGGUAAUUGUCGCCAUGUCCAAUGCGGCCUACGGUGGCGGUGUUCUCUACGCAACUGAUGUACUCCUCGCGCAGCAAAUCUUUUACGGCCAAAAGUUUGGCUGGGCUUUCCAGAUCCUAUUUGGCAUUACGACUCUUUGCACUGGAUAUGGGCUGGCUGGACUUGCCCGUCGCUUUCUGGUGUGGCCGGCUGCUAUGAUCUGGCCCACUGACUUGGUCAAUUGUGCCUUGUUCUAUACGCUUCACGAUCACUCCGGCUCGGACCCUACUAAGACCAAUGGCUGGAAGAUGGGACGGUAUAGAUGGUUCUUGAUCGUUGGAGCUGGAGGUUUUGUUUGGUACUGGUUCCCAGGUUGGAUCUUCAAAGGUCUUUCUUACUUCACCUGGGUUUGCUGGCUUGCACCUCACAACGUUAAAGUCAACAAGAUCUUUGGUGGCAUGACCGGCUAUGGCUUGAUGCCUACAUCCUUCGAUUGGACCGUGUACAGCGGUUACCUACAGUCACCUCUUAUCCCUCCCUUCCACGCCAUCGCGAAUGUUCUCCUGGGCAUCAUUGUUUUCUUCAUCUGCAUAUCAAUGGGCAUCCACUUUACAGGUACCUGGUAUGCGGAUUACUUCCCAGUCCAGUCAUCCGAGUCCUACGACAACACGGGCGCCAUCUACAAUGUUACGAGAAUCCUCGACAGUAACUUCCAGUUCAAUGAAACUGCCUACAAGGAAUACUCGCCACUCUUUCUACCGACGCAGUUUGCUCUUUCUUAUGGUCUGUCCUUCGCAGCUGUUACAGCAGUUGUUGUUCACGUUGUGCUCUACCAUGGACAUGAGAUCUGGAGACAAUUCAAGCUGGCCCGCAAUCAGGAGGAUGACGUGCACAUGCGACUGAUGAAGAAGUACCGAGAUGCGGAGGAUUGGUGGUAUGCGACUCUUUUCAUUGUCAUGGUUGCUAUUUCCAUUGGCGUGAUUGCUGGUUGGCCAACUGGCUUCCCCGUCUGGGCGUACUUCAUUUGCCUCCUUAUUCCCGUGCUGUGGUUGAUCCCUAUCGGUGUUGUUCAGGCUAUCACCAACAUCCAGCUUGGUCUUAAUGUCCUGACUGAGUUCAUAAUUGGCUACAUGGUUCCUGGUCGCCCUAUGGCCAUGAUGAUGUUCAAGAAUUACGGCUACAUCUGCAUGGGCCAGGCACUUUACUUUGCGCAGGAUCUCAAGCUUGGCCACUACAUGAAGGUCCCUCCCAGAGUCAUGUUUUCAUCACAGCUGGUUGCCUCAAUCUGGUCGGCUAUUGUACAGAUUUGCGUGAUGAACUGGGCACUGGGACACAUUCCUGACGUUUGUGCGGUCGAUCAGCCCAACAACUAUACCUGCCCAGGUGGCCGCGUCUUCUACACGGCCUCUGUGAUCUGGGGAGCCAUUGGACCCGCUCGUAUUUUCAGUCACGGCUCAAUCUACUCGUCGCUCCAGUGGUUUUGGCUGGUUGGUGCUGUCACACCAAUCAUCACGUGGCUGCUGGCCCGCAAGUGGCCUCGUUCGAUCUGGCGAUAUGUCAGCACACCUCUUAUCUACGGUGGUGCUGGUAUGUUGCCCCCAGCCUCUGUGUAUAUCUACCUAUGCUGGGGCAUGGUCGGUGCUUUCUUCAACCGCUUCGUCAAGAGACGAUAUACGGGCUGGUGGCUCCAGUACAACUACGUCACUUCAGCGGCCUUGGAUUGUGGCCUCAUCAUGUCAACAAUGGUGAUUUUCUUCACCUUGUACCUGACCAGUGCUUCUCCCCCCAAUUGGUGGGGUAACUAUGGCGCGUUGGAGACGAUGGACUGGAAGACCACUGCGGUCUCGAAGACAGUUCCAAAGGGCUCGUUUAUUGGACCUUCAACUUGGAACUAA